AUGGUGUCACAGCUCAAGGCGGAGGGCUUCUCCACCGACAGCCCCGUCAAGCGCGAGUACAGCGGCGAUGAAGUCGCGACAGCAGAGGAGGGCGGCCUCGCAGACCCCAACCAUGUUGAUCUUCACCGUGCGCUCAAGGCUCGCCAUAUUACCAUGAUCGCAAUCGGAGGAGCAAUCGGAACGGGUCUCAUUAUUGGCACCGGAGAAGCCCUUGCAAAAGCGGGUCCUGGUGCAAUUCUAAUCGCUUAUGCCUGGGUUGGCUUUAUCGUGUACCUCGUGAUGUGUGCACUGGGUGAAAUGGCAGCGUGGCUUCCUCUACCGUCCGGGUUCACUGGCUACGCAGUUCGGUUCUGUGACCCAGCGCUAGGAUUCACCCUUGGCUGGACGUAUUGGUUCAAAUAUAUCAUUCUGUCGCCAAAUCAAUUGACCGCCGGAGCACUCGUGAUACAAUAUUGGCUUCCACAAGAAAAAGUCAAUGCGGGCGUGUGGAUCACAAUCUUCUUGAUCAUGAUCGUCUGUAUCAACUAUUUCGGCGUGCGAUUCUUUGGCGAGUUCGAGUUCUGGCUAUCGUCCUUCAAGGUGGUCGUCAUCAUCGGUAUCAUUCUUCUGUCCUUCAUCCUGAUGCUGGGUGGCGGCCCCGACCAUGACCGGAAAGGGUUCCGUUACUGGAAAAACCCAGGAGCUUUCAACACAUAUAUCGAAACCGGGGAUGCUGGACGAUUUUUGGCCUUCUGGUCCACGAUGGUAUCGGCCACUUUCGCCUAUCUGGGCACCGAGUUGGUGGGUGUGACUGUGGGCGAGGCACAAAACCCGCGCAAAACUAUCCCUCGUGCGAUCAAGUUGACCUUCUUCCGUAUUCUUUUCUUCUACGUGCUCUCGGUUCUUCUCGUCGGUACUCUGGUGCCCUACAAUGACAAGAAACUUGCAUUUGCCGUGAAGGCGAGCAGCUCCGCUGCUGCCUCUCCGUUCGUUGUUGCCAUCGAAAACUCGGGAAUCCCCGUUCUAUCACACAUUAUGAACGCGUGCAUCCUACUUUUCGUUUUCUCGGCGUCUAAUUCGGAUCUGUACAUCGCCACUCGAACAAUUUACGGCCUUGCUCGUGAAGGCAAGGCGCCCAAGAUCUUUGCUCGUACGGACCGCCGUGGAGUUCCCGUCUUUGCGCUCGGAAUCAGCUCUCUAUUUGCGCUGUUAGCCUAUAUGAAUGUAUCCAGCGAUUCGAAGACUGUGUUCAAGUACUUCGUGAACUUGGUGAGCAUGUUCGGUCUCUUGACCUGGAUUUCUAUUCUCGUUACACACAUCCAUUUCGUUCGCGCACGCAGAGCACAAAACGUCCCUGACUCCGAGUUGGCAUACGUGGCUCCGUUCGGUAUCUAUGGAUCCUAUGGUGCCUUGGGGUUCUGCGUCCUCAUCGCGCUCACCAAGAACUACGACGUGUUUACCCACAAUGCGAAAUGGGGCAACUUCGACUACAAGAACUUCAUUACCGCAUACCUUGGCAUUCCCCUGUACUUGAUCCUGCUUUUCGGAUACAAGUUCAUCACUAAAUGCGAGGGCGUCAAGCCCAGCACCGCGAAUUUGUUCGAGGGCAAGGACGAGAUUGACCGCGAAGAGGCCGCUUUUCUUGCUCGGAAGGCUGCCGAAGAGGAGAAACAUACCCAGUCUCAUUGGUUCUAUCGCACCUUUGUUUCAUGGCUCUUUUAA